AUGACUCCCGGCAAAAGCAGCCAUAAAAAGCGAAAGACGCUGCAUCACGGACGACCACCCACCGCAAAGAAGACGACAGCAUCGCUCUCGAAAAAGGCGACGCAAAAACUCAUCCGAUCCCAACACCAGCUGAGCAAAAAGCUUGCAACCGCACAGGAAACGGGCGACGCGGCCGCCAUCAAAGAUGUCGAGAACCAAAUCAACGACCUCGGCGGGCUGCAGAGUUAUCAGCUCGCCAGCAUCCAAGGGCAAUCGAGCGAGCGGGGCGGCGACUCUUCGAAAGUGCUGAUGGAUUGGCUUCAUGAUGUCCAACCUGAGCUGGCGUCUGCGGAGCCCAAAUUACGCAUGCUUGAGAUUGGCGCUCUUUCCACCAGGAAUGCUUGCUCUAGGAGUGGGCUCUUUGACAUCCAGCGCAUAGAUUUGCACUCGCAGGAAAAGGGCAUUGUGCAGCAGGAUUUCAUGCAGAGACCACUUCCCGGGAAUGCGAGCGAGCGAUUCGACAUGAUCUCGCUUUCACUUGUGCUGAACUUCGUCCCGACGCCUGAAGGACGGGGCGAGAUGUUGAGACGUACAUGCCAAUUCCUUGACCGAGAAGCUGCGAAGGACAUGCCUGACCCUGUUCGGGAGGUUUUCCCUGCACUCUUCCUCGUCCUCCCGGCGGCGUGUAUUGCAAAUUCCCGCUAUAUGACCGGGGAGCGGUUUGGGGAGCUCAUGGACAGUCUUGGCUUCCGGAUGCUCAAAUCGAAGCAGACGGCGAAGUUGAUUUACCAGCUCUGCAUCACUCCCUCCUCAAUUCCAAUCACGACCACUCUCGAUGGUGCAAUGAUCGAAGCUACCCGGCGUUGGUUCCGGCGCAACAGGACCAGUCUCUUGAUUGGCGCGGGAGUGAUUGGUGCGGGAUACGUCGCGACGCAGUAUGUCCUCAACAAGAUCCAGGAGGCGCGACAGCGCAUGACCGAGGACCGGGUGUCUCGAGAGAAUCUCCGAAGACGCUUCGAGCAGAAUCAGGAAGAUUGCACCUACACCGUCCUCGCCCUCCUCCCCACCGUGCGCGAAGAAAUCAUCGGCGCGUUGCCCGUCGAGCAAAUCACCGAGCAAUUGCAGCAAGAGCGCCAAGAGCGCCUGAAGAAACUGAGUGCCUCCGAAGCACCGUCGUCCGAAUACCCCUCGGCCCCUCCGAGCGUCAUCACAGACGAUGCGGCCAGUCUGCAGAGCGGCAGCUACAUCCACGCGAGCCAGAUCACGAGCAAUCCCACAGAACUUGGGGCGCCUCCUCUCCGACCGCGCAGAAGCAAGGCACAACUAUGGCAGGAGAUGAAGCUCAACUCCAUUGCGCGUGCCCUCACGCUCAUAUACACGGUGUGCCUGCUGACCAUGCUCACCCGCAUCCAGCUCAACCUGCUGGGCCGAAGGACGUACCUGUCCUCCGUCGUGGCGCUCGCCACGCCCCCGGCGCCGAUGGAGGACUCGAGGAUAUCGCUGGAGAACCGCGACGAUGAUAACUACGAUAACAUGUACGGCAACGACUUUGAGACGAACCGCAAAUACCUCACCUUCUCCUGGUGGCUGCUGCAUCGCGGCAGCAAGCAGAUUAUGGACCGCGUGUUGACCGUGGUUAAGAGCGUGUUCGGCACCGUCAAUAUACGGGAGGACAUCAGCCUGGAGCGCCUGGCGGAUUUGAUCAUGCAAGUGAGGACGCAAAUCGAGGGCAUCACAGAAGAAGAGCGCCGCCAAAUGAAAUGGCUCACCUACCUCCUCCCACCACGCGAAGACGAAGCCUUCGUAAUCCGCCAAUCAAGCAUGUCCGAAGGCGAAGACGACUCGCCCUCCCCGGCAGCACACUCCGUCGAAGACCCGAUGACAGCCUCAGCAGUCGAAGCCGAAACAGCCGUCAACGACUCCCUCCGCCGCCUGCUCGACGAAACCUCCGACCUCAUCGACUCCCCCACCUUCACCCACGUCCUCACCCGCAUCCUCGACGCUUCCUUCUCCCACCUCGUCGACUACCGCAUCGCCACCGAGGCCUUCAAAGCCACCGGCCUCGCGGCUCCCGGCACCGCGGCCGCGGACGAACCGCGUAUCACCGAAGUCGUCGAUACCAAGUCUAAAAUUGCGCAUAUCCUGCCCAUCUUCUGCCGGCAGGCGCACGUCAUUGCCACCGGCAGCGGGGAGCUGGAUGCCAUUUCCGGCGUCGUCGCGCCGCAGGAUGCGCCUCUUGGCAACGAGUACCUUGCUGCUAUUGACGGGGUCCACGAUUUGAAUGCUUUCGCGGCCGUCAUCUACUCGAGCAAUUUCGAGUACGAGUUUGGUAGCGGGGGUAAUACGACUGUCCCGCUGCCAUCCAGGCCGUCUGCACCAUUAGACGCUCAAGCCCUAGGCGAGAACACGCUCGAGGAUGCUGGUGUGCUUCUACCCGCGGCGGAGGAGGAGGCUCCGGCUGCUGGUGGGGGCGGGUUUGAGAGUGCGUGGAAGCGGGCAUUAGAUGAUGGAGCGGGUGGGGAUAGAUGA